AUGAAUCAGAUACAGAUAGUGAGGAGUCAGAUGUUAGUGGGUCUGAUGGAGAGGACACUUCAUGGAUAUCUUCGUUCUGUAAUCUACGAGGGAACGAGUUCUUUUGUGAAGUUGAUGAUGAUUACAUUCAAGAUGACUUCAACUUGUGUGGACUCAGCAGUCUAGUUCCUUACUAGGAGUACGCUCUUGAUUUGAUCUUGGAUGUUGAAUCUUCUCACGGUUAAUGCGGCAAAAAGUGUCCUUCAGAAGCCCAUCAGCUUGAUCCAAGGUCCACCUGGCACGGGUAAAACUGUGACUUCUGCAGCAAUUGUGUAUCACAUGGAAAAACAGGGCCAGGGACAGGUUCUCGUUUGUGCCCCAAGUAAUGUUGCUGUAGACCAACUAGCUGGAAAAAUUAGUGCUUUUGGCUUAAAGGUUGUUCGCCUUUGUGCAAAAUCAAGGGGAGCUGUAAGUUCUCCAAUUAAGGACUUAUCACAGUAAGACUUGUCAUAUAAUUGUCUCCAAGUAAGGCAAGCAUGUGUUUAUCACUGUAAGUCUUGUUGUCAUAUAAUUGUCCCCAAGUAAGGCAAGCAAGUGUUUAUCACAGUAAGACUUGUCAUGUAAAUUGUCCCCAAGUAAGGCAAGCAAGUGUUUAUCACAGUAAGACUUGUCAUGUAAAUUGUCCCCAAGUAAGGCAAGCAAGUGUUUAUCACAGUAAGACUUGUCAUGUAAUUGUCCCCGCAAGGCAAGCAUGUAUUCAUCACAGUAAGACUUGUCAUAUAAUGUUGCCUAAGAAUGUGAAUGAAGCAGAGAUAUAUGUCCUUAAGCAUGUGUUUAA